UUGAGCUUAUUGUAGCGUGAUUUAGCUUUUCAGAAUCAUGUAGAAACUAGACUCAUCACCAGAACUAAAGACUUUUCGUUUUUUGAGCUUGUGAUUAUGCUUUUUUAGCUAGUAUGGUGUUGUAGGUCUGUCACCUUAACCAACUCUAAGUGCGACUGUUUUAAAACCUAAAUGAUGUCUUUUUAAUUCUCUUUUUAUAAGCCAGAAUUCCACAUGUACUGGUGCACACUUAUUUGCACCAGCACAUUGGAAAGUCGGAUUUGUAGUCUCAAUGCUAAAAAUGCUACAAUGCUCUAUGAUAAUCAGCUAUUUUGUAUUCAAAUUAAACUUGUCUUCGUAUAUUCAUGAACUACAAACCUAAACAACACAUACAUGUGACCACGGCAGACUGAUGUCCAAAACAGAUACACAUCGUAGGGGAGUCUUCAAACAAGAGGGUUGUUGGUUGGUCUUUGUUUUUGUCAUGUGAAACUGGUUUUACAUGCUUUUAUUGUCAACUAUUUAAAACCUGUUGGACAACUCUUGUGGAGGGAUACAAAUGAAUCUGUCUUAUUUUAUGGUGGAUCCCAGAACAUUGGUUGUGACACAUACAUUGACAUCACUGCAGCCCAUGCUUUUUAAAACAUUUAAACACAUUGCUCUUGGCACAUGAUCAUAUACUUUAGAAAUGUUUAUGUGAGCAUUUAACUGUAUUGGAAUACCCCAGUGUCACAGAUGGAAGACAGAAAAGCUGCUGGCCCCUCCAGAGCUGCCAGGCGGGGACGCUGGUGGCGUCUGAGACAGCGCUGGAGGAUGGUGGGGGUGUUUGAGAUCAACCCAGAGCAUGAGUUUUACCAACUGACGUCCAUGAUAAAAGAAGGCAUGCAUUCUUCAAUACAGACCACAAUGGACACAUCAGGCCAGGAUACACUUGCAGCUGAACAAUUCGCAGCAGAGGAAACUCAAACUCAUGAGGGUUUUCAGAUGCAGACAUUUGCAGCAUCAGUGUUUGCUCAACAGAGGCGUUCUCUGGACAUCACAGAGGAGGAGUACAUGAACUCCCUCUGCUCAGACCAAUGCUACCUCCAGUUUGUCAGUAACUCCAAGAGCAAGGCAGAUUUCUUUGUCACGAAUGAUAAGAGAUUCUUCUUGAAGACCCAGAGCAAGCGCGAGGUCAGCUUCCUGCUGUCCAACCUGCAGGCAUACAUGGCCCAUCUGGAGAAAUACCCUCACUCACUGAUGGUGAAGUUUCUGGGUGUCCACAGGAUUGUUAUCCCUAAUCAAAUAAAGAAAUACUUUAUUGUGAUGCAGAGUGUGUUUUACCCUGAUGACAGGAUCAAUAUCAGAUAUGAUAUAAAAGGCUGUGAAGUGGGUAGAUGGUCUAACCCUGACACAGGCGGGAAACAAAUAAUAAAAGUGUUGAAGGACAAUAACUUUGAAGGGCAAACCAUUGCAUUUGGUCAAGAGAAAUCCUGGUUUGCCCAUCAAGUGAAAGUGGACGCUGCCUUCCUUCAAGAGCUCAAUGUGAUGGACUACAGUCUGCUGCUGGCCCAGCAGCCUCUGCACAGAGACGAGCUGGACGGGAAGCACUCAUUGGCUAACCUCGUUAUUCGCACCACAAAGUCUUUGGACUUAGAGGAUAGUCCCACAGGUUCAGACCCGCCCACCGUACCUUUACUGAAGGAGACCCUGGGUGAGGAGGGGUCAGUCCAGCCCCAGGCAGCAGCUGGGGAAGGGAUCCCCCUCCAGGAGAUAGGCUGCCCUGAGAAAGAAACCAAGUCUGACUCUGAACUGCAGGAGUUCCAUGAACAUCAUCGUAGGCUUCUGCCCAACUGCAAAAAUAGCAAUCAUGUGAUUGACGGGCCAGAACAACGCUACUUUGUGGGCAUUAUAGACAUUUUCACUGUCUAUGGCUGGAAGAAAAGACUGGAGAACAUGUGGAAAAGCCUCCGAUACCCAGGCAGGGCCUUUUCCACAGUCAGCCCUGCCAAAUACUCACGCAGAUUCUGCCAGUGGAUUCAGGACCACUCUCAGUGACACAAUGCCAUGGCAGCUCUGCAGAGUUUCUCUCAAUAAGAACCGACUUGUCUCCUCAAAUGCUACUUCAAUUGUAGCCCUGACCACCUUUUGUUUUUUGCAUAAACAAAUAAUUGUGUUCCCUAAACUUUCAAAAGCAAGAACUUUUGUUGCAUUUUGUUUUGUUUCAAUUUUUAACAAUAACUGAGUGUCUAAACUGCGACCACAACCCAGAACAAAUGGUUGUCCCUGGAAACGUAAUUGGGUAUGCAGUUUAGUUGUAGCAGUUUGUUGUUAAUAUCAUUUUGUAGGAGGAAUAGUUGAUCAGAGCACAGAGAUCGGGGGUACGGCAGUGAAAAGGGAAUGUUUUUGUAUUGGCUGCAUGGGCCAGUCUGAUCUGCAUGCACUGAUAAAGACUUUUAAUAGUGUGUGUACUCAGGGGCCUUUCCAACCAACUCGCAGCUGGUGUUAUGAAGUGCCUGAAGAGUCUGAUCCUGUUCCUGUGGUUAAAGGUGUCCUUCAUUAUGGAGUCAGCAUAUCUUUCAUUUCCCUGAACCAUUCAGAGGGAAACCUUCUGGGCCCUCUGCAUUAUUUUGUUUUAAUUCAAUUUUUUUUUACUCCUUAUCCAUAAUUUGAUUUGACAAAAAUACCUUGAUAUAGGUUUUGUCUAUUUGAGUGUUUGCAUACAUUUUAUAAAAGGUUACAGAUAGCCACAUGCUAGCUGUGUUUGAAACUUGUUUUAGGGUCCUUUAUUUUAAAAAUUGUGUUUUGUGCCUGUUGCUUUUUUGAUCUGUUUGCAAGAUUUCCCUCCUGUUUCAUUAUAUCUUUGUUUUAAAAAUAACCGUUUAAAAAAAAUGUAAUUUAAGAGAAAUUCAUUCAGAUGGUUCUUGGUAAUUUUCCAUUUUUGUUUGUUGAUUAAAACAUUUGUUCCAGUGUGAAGCUGCUUCAGUUUUAGUUCUCUCUGCUUUUUAAAGUUUGAACAAUAGCCUAUUACUUUUUAUCUAAGGACAGCUGUGCAUGCAUCCCAUCAACAGGGACACUUAUCUUUAUUGUACGGAUAACCUUUGUUAUCUGGCUUAAAUUGCUCCCUCAUUUAGUUAAGAAACCUCGAGUUCAGUACCAAGACCGUUUUUUUCCUUUGAAGUCCAAGUAUGAAGACCAUGGAGCCCGCAGUAUGAUCCGAUAAAUCCAUGGUCCGAAUACAUCAAUUUUUACAGUGUACACAUCUCUUUGAAUAUAUAAAGAAAGCCUUGAGUAUACAGAAUGAGGAUGUGAGAAAAAGAUGUAACCUCUCCUUGUCGGAUUUAGGUCACUCCACAGAUCUCCCAUCAUUCCCCCCCCCUGGGGAGAGAGGUUUUAAUGUAUUCAGAUCUGGGUUGAAAUCUCCCCCCAAAAAAUAGGAUUCCUUGAGAGUUUAUAUUAUUCAUUUAAAAUGUAUUUUUAACACUUCCAUUCAUAUCCCGGAGAAACCCAUUCUGAAGGGAAUCUAAGACACCCUGUACAAGUACAGGUGUCCCAUCUUUAU